AUGGCUUCCCUCAUAGCAGCAGCCCUGGCACUGCGGGCAGCAGCGGGGCGAGCUGGAAACUUGGGGAAGACCUUCGGUCGACAACAGCAACAUCAGCAACAAGAGAACCUGCAACAGCAGCGGCCCCAGCGGCAGCAGCAGCAGCAACCAAACCAGCAGGAUGUUGCAACCAAGCACCAGCAACAACAAGGUGGCCAGCAGCAGCAGAAACGAGGGAACCAACAGGAAGGGCAACAGCUUCAGGUGCAGCCGACGCAACAGCAGACGCAGCACUGGCAAACGCAGAAUCUACACGGAAAAGUGCUUCACCAACAAAAGCAGACAAGUCAACAGAGGCCGCAGCAGCAAAAGCAGGUGCAACAACGACAGCCACAGCAGCAGCAACAACAACAGCAGAUAGUGGAACAAGGCCCUGCGACUGCUGGUGGUGCAACGGAUGCUCAGGAUUUUGUUGUCAUGAAAAAUGGUAAUAAAAGGAAACGCAAGAGGAGACGAACUGAAGUUCCGGAAGAGGGCCCUCCUGCCCACCAGGCGGAGAAUCAUCGAGAACAGCAACAGCAUCGGUUAGUCGGUUCUUGCGAGCCGCUGCAGCAGAAGCAGCAGCCAGCUGGAGCGGAGCAGCACCAGCCAGCGGCAGCAGAGCAGCACCAGCCAGCGGCAGCAGAACAGCACCAGCCAGCGGCAGCAGUGCAGCACCAGCCAGCAGCAGCAGAGCAGCACCAGCCAGCGGCAGCAGGGCAGCACCAGCCAGCGGCAGCAGGGCAGCACCAGCCAGCGGCAGCAGAGCAGCAGCCAGCGGCAGCAGAGCAGCAGCCAGAGGCAGCGGAGAAGCUACAGCCAGAGGCAGCGGAGCAGCGCCAACCAAAGUCACUGCAGCAGAAGCAGGCAACUAAGCAACAUCAGUUGCAGAAAGAGGACUCUAGGGAUUAUCAGCAGCAAGAGAGCUGCUGGCCUGUUCGUCGAGUCCCUCAACAGCAGCAACAACAACAACAGCAAAACCAGCAGUUGCACAAGCAAGUUACCAAACAGAAACAGCAAUGGCAGCCGCAGCAGUGGCAGCAGAAGAAGCAGCUGCAGCACCAGACUCAGCAUGUUUUGUUUACCCCACAGCAGGUGGAGUUUCUGCGGGAGACUCUAACAGGGUUUCAGCAGGAAGCAACAGAAGCCCCGAAUCCCGCAGCAGCAGCAGCAGCAAGGGGAAAGGCAACUGUUCUGCUGCUAGAAGCCUCGGCACGGCGGCUAGCAGCAGUCGCACCGCGUCUUUCUGCUGCUUAUUCGUAUGCACAUCUCUCCUGCAGCGCUGUAUUAGUUGCCGCAGCAGUAGCAGUAAGAGCAGCAUUGGCAGCAGCAGCCAACACCACCAGCAGUAGGAAUUGCGGCAGCAGCAACAGUUUGCUGCUUUCGUUUGUGUGCAGGCGGCGGGCAAAAGAAAUGGCGCAGCACUAUAGCAUCGAAGUAGGAGCAAAGGCGCUUGAAGGCCUGUGCCGAGGGUGUGGGGUCCCUCUGGUGCCGUUGUUGACGUGUGCUUCUGCUACUCAGCCGCUGAUGCCUCUCGCAGCGUGGGGUCGACGGAUGUUGCGACGAAGCAGGCAGCAGCUGCUGCAGCAGCAGCAAUUUGCUGCUGGAUUGCGUGGAGUUGCGGUUGAUGGGUUGUUGGCUUUUACUGCAUCUUCGUCGGUUGUCGCGGUAUGCAAACUCUGCGGGCAGCAGCAGUGUAGUGUCAUUGGUCCCCUCAGGUGUGCGAGGCAAAAGCGGCAGAAGCAUCAACAGCAGCAACAGCAGAUGGUGGUACUAAUGGAGCCACACAAACAACACCAGCAGCAGAUGCAGAUGCUGAUAGAUGCCGAAGCACCUGCAAGGGGAUCCUCCUUCAACAAACAGAAGAGGCUGCAAAAGCAGCAUAGGCGGAUGCUGUGCAGUAGUGAGCAACACCAGCAGCUACAGCAGCAUCAAAUCGACCAGCAUCAGCACCAGCAACACCAGCUGCAACAGGCGCAGCAGUGGCAGGAUUCACGUCACGGGGAACAGCAGCAUCUUCCAGGCGUGGAGCAACAAAAGCAAAAGCAGCAGGAGCAGGAGCAGCAGGAGCAAAACUGGCAGCAAUUGAUGACAAGUAUGCUGGGGGCAGCGCAAGCUGGAGGGCCCCAAGGUUCUGCUGCAGACUCCCUAAUGCUGAGUUCAGCGUCCUCCUUUGCGGUUGCGGACACUGGUUCAGCUUUUGCAUACAGCGGCGGCAGCACCAAUAGCAGCAACACCAAUAACAUUUGUAGCAGCAGCAGCAGCAAUAUCAGUUUCACUCUGGAGCCUUCAAAGUCCUUGCAAGGGGGUCUUAAUCAGGGGCCAAUUUUUUUAGAAGGUGACGCGAAGCAGACGAGUCAUUAUGCUGCUGGCAGCAGCAGCAAAAGUGGGCAGCAGCAGCAGCCUCCGAGUGCAUACGCACUUUUGGCCGAUCUUGACUGGUGA